CUCGUCGCCAUAGCAUCCUCCACCGAACCGACGACGACAUGGCGGACGCCAGGGACACAGCCGCCACCAGCACCGACGACCACCACCACCAAACUGGCCGCGCCGCGGCGGCACCGCCAGCGGCGAAAGGCGGCACCACCAUAUCCAUCACCAUCGUCCUCCUCGCACUGCUCGUGGCCUCCGUCGCGGCGUUCCUGCUGUCGUCGCCGACGGGCGUGGGGGGCGGCAGCCGCCCCGGCGCCGAGCCGGUGGAGCAGGCCGUAGGCCAUGGUGGCGUCCCCGGGUUCAACAGCCGGCUGGACGCGUUCCGCACGUGGGCCAAACUAACGUGGAUGAAGCUGGAGCGGCCGCACUCCGAUGAUCAUCGGUAUGAUGCUGGUGGAAAUCGAAUCGCCGGCUCGGCAGCGGAGGCGACCAAGAAGAGCCUGGAGAUGGGCAAAGAGACGGCGGAGCAGGCGGCGGUGACCGCCCCGGGGGUGGCCAAGGACACGUGAAGGGAGUGGCCGCGCCCUCCUCCGAUGCCGAGCUCUGAACAGAAGUUUUACUGCAUGCCGCCGUGUUCUGUUAGUUUUGCCCGUGUGAAUGUGUACUCUACCGUAGUUGUUUGUAGUAUACUGGGCAUUCUGGGUCCCUGUCUCUUUCUUUUUCUUUUUUUUAAUGAUUCUGGGUGCCUGAGCACCCUGCGCUGAAGUUCCACAUGUAUAUUGUACUACGACAGAAAGUGAACAGAGAUAUGUGUUAUGCGGCAUAA